AUUGUGAGAUUUCGAUGUUGUGAUUCCACACUUAAAGUCACGUUUCUAUGAUUGAGUCCAUCCAUUCUGCUCGAGACUCUCUUGGCUGUCCCUUUAACAAUCCGACUGUGCAGCUCCCUAGCGGGUAGGGGGAGAAAUCGCGUGUCCGCUACCCAAUGACAGUGCAGGAUGCUGAGACCGGUGUGAAUGGAGGCUGGAAGACGCCAAUGUCUCUGGAUGGUGAUGGAGAGGAACUAAUGGUAGAAAAAAGAUCUGUCGAUGUCGAGGUCCUUCAUCCACACAGGCAUGCAGUGAGCCGCCCAUGUGUGUUAGAGAGUGAGGGUGCACUGUGAUCGUCGCAGCGUGCCCCUGGUAAGGACCCCGUGGCAAGCGUCCGGCCGGCCCAGGCCACACCUCCCACACCCAGGACAUGUACGGCAGCGCCAGAGCGGUCGGCCACAUCGAGAGCAGCCCUGCACGGUCCCCGCGCCUGCCUAGGUCCCCCAGGCUGGGCCACCGGAGGGCCAACAGUGGGGGCGGGGGCGGUGGAGGGGGUAAGACGCUCUCCAUGGAGAACAUCCAGUCACUGAACGCUGCCUACGCCACGUCCGGGCCCAUGUACCUAAGCGACCACGAGGGAGUGGGCUCAACCGCCACCUACCCUAAGGGCACCAUGACGCUGGGGCGAGCCUCCAACCGGGCCAUGUACGGGGGCCGCGUCACGGCCAUGGGCAGCAGCCCCAACAUCGCCUCGGUGGGGCUGGGCCACCACGCUGACCUGCUGUCCUACAGCGACCUGGGCUCCCUGUCCAUGCUGCAGCACCACCACCACCACCCUCAGGGGGUGCCGUCGGCCCUGUUGCGGCAGGCUGUGCGAGGCAGUGGGGGGGAACUCCUGGAGAUGCAGGCCACACUCCGGGACAUGCAGCGGGAGAACGACCUGUUGAGGAGAGAGCUGGACCUGAAGGACAGCAAGCUGGGCUCGUCCACCAACAGCAUCAAAAGCUUCUGGAGCCCCGAGCUGAAGAAGGAGAGGAUGAUACGCAAGGAGGAGGCGGCGCGCACCUCCGUCCUCAAGGAGCAGAUGAGGGUGACUCACGAGGAGAACCAGCACCUGCAGCUGACCAUCCAGGCCCUACAGGACGAGCUGCGGACCCAAAGGGACCUGAACCACCUACUGCAGCAGGAGAGCGGCGGCCGCUCUGGGGACCACUACACCAACAUCGAGCUGACCGAGGAGAACUUCAGACGGCUACAAGCCGAGCACGACCGCCAGGCCAAGGAGCUGUUCCUUCUGAGGAAGACCUUGGAGGAGAUGGAGCUGCGGAUCGAGACCCAGAAGCAGACACUGGGGGCCAGGGACGAGUCCAUCAAGAAGCUGCUGGAAAUGCUCCAGAGUAAGGGUCUGCCUGGGGGGCCAGGCAGGGUCAACGAGGAGGAGGAGCAGGAGAGAGCCAGGCGCAUUGCUGAGGCCGAGGCUCAACUUGGACACCUGGAGGUCAUCUUGGACCAGAAGGAGAAGGAGAACAUCCACCUCCGAGAGGAACUGCACAGGAGAAACCAGAUGCACCAGGACCCUGGCAAAACCAAAGCCCUCCAGACAAUCAUAGAGAUGAAGGACACCAAGAUAGCAUCUCUGGAGCGCAACAUCAGGGACCUGGAAGAUGAGAUCCAGAUACUGAAGGCUAACGGCUUGCUGAACACCGAGGACAGAGAGGAGGAGAUCAAACAGAUGGAGGUCUACAAGAACCACUCCAAGUUCAUGAAGACCAAGAUUGACCAGCUGAAGCAGGAGCUGUCUAAGAAGGAGUCUGAGCUGCUGGCCCUGCAGACCAAGCUGGAGACCCUGAACAACCAGAACUCGGACUGCAAACAGCACAUAGAGGUGCUCAAAGAGUCUCUCACUGCCAAGGAGCAGCGCGCCGCCAUUCUGCAGACAGAGGUGGACGCCCUGCGCCUGCGUCUGGAGGAGAAGGAGUCCUUCCUGAACAAGAAGACCAAGCAGCUGCAGGACCUGACGGAGGAGAAGGGCACGCUGGCCGGAGAGAUCCGUGACAUGAAGGACAUGCUGGAGGUCAAGGAGAGGAAGAUCAACGUCCUGCAGAAGAAGAUUGAGAAUCUGCAGGAGCAGCUGCGUGAUAAGGACAAGCAGUUGGGGAACCUGAAGGACAGGGUGAAGUCCCUACAGACUGACUCCAGUAACACUGACACGGCCCUGGCCACCCUGGAGGAGGCACUCUCUGAAAAGGAGCGUAUUAUAGAGAGACUGAAGGAGCAGAGAGCGAGGGAGGACAACGAGAGAAUGGAUGAAGUGGAGUCUUAUAAGAAGGAGAACAAGGACCUCAAGGAGAAGGUCAACACCCUGCAGCUGGAAUUAACAGAGAAGGAGUCCAGUCUCAUUGACUUAAAGGAGCACGCCACAUCCCUGGCCUCCUCCAGCCUGAAGAAGGAGUCCAAGCUCAAGUCUCUGGAGAUGGCCAUCGAGCAGAAGAAAGAGGAGUGUAGUAAGUUGGAGACACAGUUACAGAAGCAAGCAGAGCAGCUGUUCAGUCAGAUGAACAACCCUAAGGCCCACGAGGUCCACGAGGUCCAACAGCAGCAGCAGAUGGCGGGGCUGGGCUCCAGGGGGAACCCAGACUACGUGGAGCGGGAGCGGGAACAGCGGGUAAAGCUCCUGGAGAAGGAAGUGUCCUACUACAAGGAGGAGUCUGGCAAGGCCCAGGCGGAGGUGGAGAGGCUACUAACCAUCCUCCGAGAGGUAGAGAGCGAGAAGAACGACAAGGACAAGAAGAUCGCCGAGCUGGAGAGCCCCCCUCACUCUGCCCCUGUUCCUCGCCCCGGCCUCGGCCCUGUCCCUCGCCACGGUCCCGGUGGCAGAGCCCCCCCUGACCCACUCCCCCCUGUGUCCUCCGCUGCCCCCGCUGCCCCCCAGCAGAUAGGGGGAAUGGUGUGGGAUUUCCUGGGAAACCUAGCACCCAGGCAGGCCAAGGAGCAAGUUACUAAGAAGGGGGGUCCCAACCUCAAACUAGGCCCCCAAGGGGACAAGAAGCCUGGUCAGAUAGUGGGGGAUCCUCGAAAGGACAACACCAUGGACUCAGGACAGCAUGUAAAGCUAGAGGAGAUGAUGAACACCUUGGAGAGGACCAGACAGGAGCUGGACGCCACCAAACAGCGCCUCUCGUCUACCCAGCAGUCCCUGCAGGAGAGAGACGGUCACCUGACAAACAUGAGGCAGGAGCGCAGGAAACAGUUGGAGGAGAUCCUAGAAAUGAAGCAACAGGCCCUGUUGGCAGCUAUCAGUGAGAAGGACGCUAACAUUGCUCUGCUAGAGCUGUCUGCCUCUGGGAAGAAGAAGACCCAGGAAGAGGUUUUGGCUCUGAAGAGGGAGAAGGACAGACUGAUGCACCAACUCAAACAGCAGACACAGAGCAGGAUGAAGCUGAUUGCUGACAACUAUGAAGACGACCACUACCACCCCCAUCCUCCUCACCACACCCAACCCCAGCAACCCCACCCAGGCCCCCAGGCUCAGCUCCCCCAGCCACAGUAUCAGCACCCUCCUAACCCCCAGCAGCAGCAACAGCCUCCAUACCCCCAUGCCCCACACUCCCAGCACCCCCAGCCCCCACCCCAACAACACCCGCACCCCCAGCAGCCUCAACAGCAGUACCCCCCUCAUCCACAGCAGCAUCCACAGGGGCAUCCCCAACAGCCUCCGCCUCAGCACCAACAACACCAACCACGGCCCCAGCACCCGCAACAAGCGCAGCACCCACACCCACAACAACAACACGCCCACCCAGGACAGCACCCCCAUGGGCCUCCACCACAGCAGCAGCACCCACACCUACAACAGCACCCACAACAGCACCCACAACAGCAUCCACAACAGCAUCCACAGCAGCACCCCCACGGCCCCCCUCUGCAAGCCCCCCACCCCCAGCACCCACAUCCCCAGCAGCACCCCCACCACCCUCCACACACUCCGCAACAGCACGGCGGGCACACCCGCCACCCGCCCCCACACCACCGCGGAGGACCAGGGCCUGCCAGAGGACCCCCCCAUGCUGGCCAUCGCCCCUCCCCCGACCAGGAUGACGAGGAGGGCAUUUGGGCGUAAUCGUGUCCAUGACAACCAAAGCUCUGACGUUCGGAGGGAUGAUUCAGUUACUAUUGGAGGAGCACAGCCAUUCCAUGAUGCUGAAAUACAUUGACUACCUACCAACCUUUUGUUACCACCAUACAAUCCACACUUCAAUGGGGCCUUUAUUUUAUUUUCUACUGAGGAUGAGGAUACAGAGGAGGAGGAGGAAGAGGAGGGAUGAAGCAGGUGGGAGGGCCAGAUGAGGAGACUGAUAGU